CAACUUCAAACACACCAGCACACAAGCUAUCCAUUAGUCUGGCAGCGCGCUCGCACGACUUAGACGUAAAGCAGCAGCGAAAUCAAGACAGACAUGGCACGAGGCAAGCUCAUUGUAUUCGAGGGACUGGACCGGGCUGGGAAAUCGACGCAGUGCGAGAAGCUAGUUGCUGAUUUGCAGAAUGACGGGGUGUCUGUACGGCAUGUGCGGUUUCCAGAUAGGACGACGCCGAUUGGACAGAUGAUCAACAGCUACUUGAGUGGGCAGAGCGAGCAGGAGGAUCAUGUGAUUCAUCUGCUGUUCUCUGCGAACCGGUGGGAAGCAGCCCCGUCUAUCCAAGCGGACCUUGCUGCUGGCACCACGGUUAUCAUUGAUCGGUAUUACUACAGCGGGUGCGUCUACUCGGCUGCCAAGCAGAACCCCAGUCUGAGCCUGGAGUGGUGCCGGAAACCCGACGUUGGAUUGCCGCGGCCAGACUUGUGUCUUUUUCUCGAUAUUUCGGCUGAGGAUGCGGCGAAGCGCGGGGGCUUUGGCACGGAAAAGUACGAGAAGAAGGACAUGCAGGAUCGGGUGCGGGCCUUGUUUGAGACGCUGAUGCAGAAGAAGGAGGGAGAGGACUUUGUGCGCAUCGACGCUGGGGGUAGCAUGGACGAGGUGGCAGCAAAGGACAGCUGCCGUUGA